CAAUAAAAUCAGUGUUAUCUGUAUGUUGGGGAGCGCUCUCUUUCACAUGUGGAUCGUUGUUACAAGUGUGACCUCCAGUGUGCAGGCUGAAGGAGAGAGCUGCGCUUCUUCCUGUGCGUCUGGAUAGCAAUGUGAUCUCCUUUGUGGAGUGAAUGCUGACAGUCAGAAGAAUGCCACACUCCUUAACAGGACUUCAACUUGAGCAUUGGCGCAAAUGCGCCUCCUCAGCGACAGCAGCAUGCGUGCAUAUAAUCAACAAUUUUGCAUGAAAGACAUUCGUGAGAUGAAAGGAAGUGUUGUUUUCAGAUUUCUCUCCCAUUAAUGUGCUCAUCUCAUCUCCGGGGUGGAGAGCGUCACUCCUUUCCCGACGUAAUAUAAAAAAAAAAAAAAAGAAAAUUGACACGUGGUUGUUUUACGCCCUCGCAGCCUCAAACGUUCCGCGGGGGAGCGAAGGAAAGAGGAGGCGGGGAGGAGAGAGAAGGAGGAGAGAUGCAGGAGCAGCCAGGAAGGAUAGAGGACAUGCUCAUAGGGGUGUCCGCUUUCUCACCGUGGCCACUGAGCUGCGGAGCAUCCUGCGCGCAUUUGGAAUUUACACUUUGAUCAGCACCUCCAACUAAGAAGAGACUUGCAUGAUGUGGAAGACGAGCCAGUGGAAAGAGAAGGAAAAAGACAUGGAGAGAUCAACUAUACGCCAGCAUGGAUUUCUUGAAUUUCUCCGCUUUAGAGGAAGGAAUGGGGACAGACAACGUUUCCACUAACAACACCUCUCAGAGCAAGUACACCCCUCUCGCCAUCUGGAGUCUAGCUGGACUUGUCAGUUUUCUAAUCCUGUUUACAAUCGUGGGCAACGUCUUGGUUGUUAUCGCCGUUUUAACGAGCAGAGCCCUCAAGCCACCCCAGAAUCUGUUUCUGGUGUCUCUGGCUACUGCAGACAUACUGGUGGCCACCCUGGUCAUGCCGUUUUCUCUGGCGAAUGAACUUAUGGGCUACUGGCUUUUUGGUAAGAUUUGGUGCGACAUCUACUUGGCUCUGGAUGUCUUAUUCUGCACCUCCUCCAUUGUGCAUCUGUGUGCCAUUAGUUUGGACCGCUACUGGUCAGUGACACAGGCGGUAGAGUACAACUUGAAGAGAACGCCAAAAAGAGUCAAAGGGAUGAUUGUGGUGGUGUGGUUGAUCUCGGCUGUUAUCUCCUUCCCACCUCUGAUAUCAAUGGAUAGGAGCAACAAUGAGACAACCCCCCAGUGUAUUAUCAAUGAUGAGACCUGGUACAUCCUCUACUCCAGCAUUGGGUCCUUCUUUGCCCCCUGCGUCAUCAUGAUUCUGGUCUACAUUCGGAUAUACCAAGUGGCAAAGACGAGGACCAGAACCAUGUCAGAGAAGAAAAGGGACGUGGAUUCGCCGCAGGAGAACGGUCGGACAGACACGGACAAAGCCGGUUCCUUCAAGUCUGAAAGGGGCGAGAGCGUUAAAGAGAAAGAAUGUGAAAAUGGCCAUUGCAAGGAGCACACGGCUAGCACUUCCGUGACAAACACGUCUAAAAAUCCACACGUCGACCACCAGGAUGAUUUUGAAGACAGCAGUUCAUCAGACGAGAAGCCCAAGAAAAACUCCGCCUCUUCCAAACAUCACCAGGAUGAGCGAAAGGACUGCAAGUCCAGCAGGAAAAGCAGCUCCGCCUCGAAAUUCUCCAGCAGGAAAUCGUGCGCCAGUUCCAAGUCCAUGGAGCUGUUCUCAUCUCGCCGCAAACGCAGAAGCACAGUCAACAGGAAGAAAGUGUCCGCAGCCCGAGAAAAACGUUUUACGUUCGUCCUGGCUGUGGUCAUGGGGGUUUUUGUUUUGUGCUGGUUCCCCUUUUUCUUCUCCUACAGCCUGUACGGCAUCUGCAGGGAGAUGUGCAAGAUCCCCGAGACUCUGUUCAAGUUCUUCUUUUGGAUCGGCUACUGCAACAGCUCAUUAAAUCCGGUCAUCUACACCAUCUUCAACCAAGACUUUCGCAGAGCUUUCCAGAAGAUUCUCUGCAAGUCAUGGAAAGGCUCUUUCUGAAGGGCGUUUAUGGACAUUUUGGGCACCAGAUUACCAUUUAAGCGGAUCUGAGUUGCAGAGUAAAGUGUUGGCCCGGGGAACUAUUUCCACCUUUUACUGUCAGGGAUUGUGCUCAAAAUGAAGGCAUGGAAACGGAUCAAAGGCCUGAACAAAAGGUGCAGGAAGCUGCUCCGCUUUUGUUCACAGUCGAAGCUUUCACGAAACGCCAGGCAGCUUUAUACACUCCAAUAUUUGCUCCGACCAAACCACUCACGUUGAUUUACGCUCCCUUCAUUGAAAUACAAUAAACACACUCAUAACAGUCACUGUGAUGCACGCGCCGCACAACAGUCGCACCUGGAUGAACUGCUCAGGAGACAAAGGGUUUAUUGACACGCUUCAUUCAUACGAUCUUUGAACGUAAUUGUCAAAAACUUGACAAUCUCCCAAAAAAUAUCCAUAAAACAAGAGGGCAUCUGUCUUCUACGGCCCUUAAUCUGUUUGGGGUUUUUUUACCUUUGAAAUGUUUUACUCAAUAUGAGGACCAAUGGGACGAAGGGGCUCCUUUCUUACUGUUACAGUGUCAAAACGAAAAGAAGAAAAAAAAUAAGCCACUCACAAAAAAAUCGAUCCAUGAAAGCUCUUGUAUGUAAGUUAUAUACAGUAUCUGCCUCAGUGAGAGGUUUCUGCUUGCCCGUACACUGCGAAUGAAGUGGCAACCUUUCACCAGGAUGUGUGGCUUUUUUUUUUUUUUUUUUAAUGUGUGAGAAAUCUGUUGAAUGUGAGGCUCCUUUGCUCCUUUACCGCAGCGGGUCCAGUAAGUCAUCUCUUUGCGGGGCAUCUCUCUGCAACUACAGUAUCUCUUGAGUCUGAAACAAUGCAUGGAUCAUUGCCUCCCUGCUGCGGCAGAUGGACAUACACGGAGGCUCCCGCCGAGUGUGUGAAAAAAUGGUUCUAAUGGAGGAGGAAGGGGAAAAUGAAAGUGUAUAGCGUGGAACAAUAUUGAUGAGGGGUGUUAAUCCCCACUGCCACUCAUUGUGCGUGUGUGUGUGUGUGUGUGUGUGUGUGCAGCCACGUGCUGCGUGUGCCUGCGCGUGUGUAUACGUGUGCCCACGUGUGCAUGCAUGUGUGGCGAAAAGCCUGAAUUUUGGCAGCGGAACCGAUCCUCUCUACUCAAGUCUGUCCUCCUUCAUUGAGUCUCGGAUGGAUUUUUCUGUUUACCACCAACCCCACCAAAGUCAGACACAUUAAAAACCUGCUUCAUCUUAUUGCUCACUUUUAUCGUCUGCUGCUAGCCCACCUACGAAUGCACAUUAGACACUCUUCUCAUUUACGAUAUUUUCCUCUUGACAUGUAAGCCAUUCCCUUGUAAAUAUGUGGAAAAUGAUACAGUAUUAUUGUGUGGCGCCUCAUUCUCACACAACUCUUGCUAUGAUCAACAACAUGUACGGUUUGCAUUAUGAAUAAUGCCCUCGUGGAUUUUCACGGCAAACCAAACUGUCUUUUUGUAACGUUUCAGAAGAAAAAACAAGAACAAGUGUUUGUUUCUCUGCUUUGAGCACAUUCUAACAGAUCAAAUAAAUAUAAUUGAAACUGUGUCCCGA